UGGGGGAUAGCCCCCACGCUCGUAACAAUAGUAACAAAUUUCAAUUAGGUUAUGCGCGACCGCGUUAUUGUUUUGACUUUGAAUAACCGAAUGAAAAAACAUUGUGUUUCAUUUCAUUUUGAUCCAUUAUUAUUACGAAUACAACGAUUUCAGCUUCUAGGAGAGUAAAAAUCGAAAAUCGUUAAGAUUCAUACCUGAUUUGACAUAACCAUCCCUACUAAGUUGUCAAAAGAAUUGUCUAACUAAUCAUCCUUAUUUAGACAAACUAUGAAAUUUUUGCCUUAAACUAUAACAGACUAUGUCACACCUUACUGAUUUAUUGGGAGUUGUCAAGGGACUUCGGCAAGUAGUUGAAUCAGGUAUUAAAUUACAGCAAGAAAAUUCUAGAUUAGUAUGGAAUAAUUCUAGUAUUAGACCAUUUUUACAGAACUGUCCUACUAAUACAAUAAAAAAUUACAAAGCAAAUGAAGUGGCUCCAAAAGAUUUAAUUGAGCGUGUGUUUGUUGUGGCACAUGGUUUUAGAAAGUAUGCUACUAUGCAUGUCCCUCUUGUCAGUACUAGUGUAGAAAUUAAAGGUUCUAUGGAUGAAGAAUUAAAAGAUGAGAUAGAGCAGUUAAAUAAAGAAUUUGAUAAAACAUUUGAAAUACUGAAUAAAGCAAAAGGUAUGCAAGAAUCUACGGAAAGGAAAGUUCUGGAAUUUGAAGCACCUUUAGAGGAAAUUCAAAUGGAAGGUGUUGUAAAAACAUCUUUGCAAGAUAUUAAAACAAAGCAGAAACAACAAGAGCAACUAAGAAGCCCUACUUUGGAGGAAUGUUCAAGUAGAAAUGUGGUUCCAAAACCAGUUGCAAAAAAGAAGCUUAAAUUCACUUUAAGUUCAAGUUCCAAGGAACGUGUAGUACCAUCAUCACGUAUCGGAAGAAUGUUUUCGUUUGGUUCGCUGGCAGCUGGGCUGGGAGUUGGGACGGUGGCACAGUAUGCUCGGAAUACAUUACAAUCUGUUACCGGGAAGAUAGAUGACUCUAGUAAUGCUUUCUUGUCACCGGCUAAUGCUGAGAGAAUUGUUGAUACAUUGUGUAAAGUUAGAGGUGCAGCUUUAAAGUUAGGACAAUUGUUAAGUAUUCAAGAUGAGACAGUAAUAUCUCCUGAAUUCCAAAAAAUCUUUGAGCGUGUACGCCAGUCUGCAGAUUUCAUGCCCAGUUGGCAAGUUGAGAAAGUAAUGAGUUCCCAAUUAGGCGGUGAUUGGCGUGCUCGUCUGCAGCAUUUUGAAGACAAACCAUUCGCAGCAGCAUCUAUUGGGCAAGUUCAUUUAGCUGUACUACACAAUGGUCAAGAAGUGGCAAUGAAAGUUCAGUAUCCUGGUGUUGCUAAGGGCAUCAAUAGUGAUAUUGAUAAUUUAGUUGGAGUAUUAAAGGUGUGGAAUGUCUUCCCGAAGGGCAUGUUUAUUGAUAAUAUAGUUGAAGUUGCUAAAAAGGAAUUGUCUUGGGAAGUUGAUUAUGUCCGGGAGGCGGAAUGUACAAAGAAGUUCAAACGACUCCUUGCACCAUACCCCGAAUACUUUGUUCCAGAUGUUAUAGAGGAUCUAUGUACAGCGGAAGUAAUAACAACAGAAUUAAUUGAGGGAACGCCAUUAGAUAAAUUGUUCGACGCUCCGUAUGAGAUUCGUUAUGAUAUAGCAAGGAAAAUAAUGCAAUUGUGUUUACGUGAAAUGUUUGUGUUACGUUGUAUGCAGACUGAUCCCAACUGGGCGAAUUUCUUCUACAAUACAACAACUAAACAGGUUAUUUUAUUGGAUUUUGGUGCGACUCGAGAGUAUUCCAAGGAGUUUAUGGAUCAGUACAUUGAAAUUAUAAAAGCCGCUUCAGAGGGCGAUCGCGCCGCCAUCUUGCGGAUGUCGCGAGAUAUGAAGUUCCUUACGGGCUACGAAUCAAAAAUAAUGGAGGAAUCCCACGUCGAUACUGUUAUGAUAAUGGGUGAAGUGUUCACUAGUGAAGGCAACGGAGAGUUCGACUUCGGUACACAGAAGACAACCAGACGUAUACAAGAUCUAGUACCGACGAUACUUACACAUAGACUGUGCCCGCCGCCAGAAGAAAUAUAUUCCUUACAUAGAAAAUUAUCAGGCGUAUUCUUACUCUGCUCAAAACUUAAAAUAAAAAUGAAUUGCCGAGAUAUGUUCCGUGAAAUUUACGAUCAGUACAAAAUGAAUAUUACCGAUUAGUAAUAAAUUGAACUCUAUUAAAUAUAACUAUGCAAUUACGUAAUAAUAUAUGAUUUCAUGAUAUUUAUAAAAGUUCAUUGGGUCAGAUUGACGUAUCAACUGAUUUGAACGUCAGAUUUUUAAUAUGUGCAAAAUUUUAACCGCUUAUUUUUAAUGAUUUAUC